UGAUUUUUGUGUUCUUUGCUUGAACGAUAAUAAACAUAUAAUAGAGAAGAAAUGCCUAUCAUCAAGACAACAACUUAAUGACACAUUAUUCUUUGUGUAUCGAGUGUUUAAAGCAAUUCCAACAAAAUUUAACUCUUUUAAAUCUAUGGAAAACUUACGCUCUGGUUUUGUCAAUAGUAAAAAAUCUAAUAAAUUAACAGCUAUUGGCAUAGCGGGUCUAGUUUUGACUGUUGUUAUGAUAUUAUUCGUUAUGCUUUGUGGGAAAUUCUUUUCGAGGAACAUUCGAAAUUAUGCUAAGGACGACAUAGAAAAUGAUUCAAAGAACCUUUCUGAAGAUAACUGGUACCGGAAAGCAAUAAAAGCUGCUGGUGGUACACUUCCUCCUAAUGCUAGAAGUCUGAGACCAAAGCAGAUCAUUGGUAUUUAUAAAUCUUUUAGAAAAAAUGAUGCAGACGGAAAUGGAACAAUAUCUUCAGAAGAGUUAAAAGCAGCUAUGAAAACUAUGAAUAGAAAUUUUAAUACUUCUCAAAUUCAAAAAAUAAUGGCUGACAUGGAUACUGACAAAAGCGGAGCUAUUGACUUUUUCGAGUAUUUAAAUGUUGCUGCGGAGAUGGUAGCCGAUGAUAUUGCCUACUUAAAAGCUUUCAAUACUAUUGAUUUGGACGGUAGUGGAGAGAUUUCUGCUGAAGAAAUGGCGGUUGCAAUGAAGCAAAUGAAUAUAAACGUUUCUCCCCAAUAUAUUCAUGAAAUAAUCAAAGAUAUGGGUACCAAAAAGAAGGAUGUAAUUAAUUUUGAAGAAUUCAAAAAAAUAAUUGCUUGGAAAGCUAAUCAAUCAAAUUCCGUUAAUGGCGAUUUAUCCUCUGUGAGCGGUGAAUCAACAAUACUUACUAAAUGA